UCAUCGCCAGUGGUUUUUAUUUACAUUCCGCACACAUCAUGACGUCAUUAGAACUUCUAUUUUUACACAAGGAGACAGCAAUUUCAAGGGCGGCUUGAAAUUUAAGGCGAGAAUAUUUUCUUCUUUUUAUUUUUUCUAGCCUCCUAUAUUGCCACGUGGAGUUACUUUAACGAUCCUUGCCAUCUGAAGUCUUUGUGAAAUAGGGAAGAGAUGUAUCUAUCACUGUGUGUAAGUGGAUGUGUGGGUCUAGCAGCCUAUUUCAUGGCGGACAGGCUCAUAGGGAGCGGCUCUAUGACUGACAACUUUAUAAAGGCUGGACUGUUUGGCAAAGACCUCAACAAGAGCUCUGAUAACAAAGUACCCGAGGCCAUAGGAGUGCUGUGUGCGGCUGUGUAUCUGAUAUCUGAGUUCCUGUUCAUUCCUGUUCCCUUCCUACCCUCUCUUAUAGAGGAGGGAGUCUUUAAACAUGGCGAGUUUGCCCAGUUCAUAUGUGCGUUGCUCUCCAUUUGUUGCAUGGUGUUCCUGGGCUUUGCUGACGAUGUGCUCAACCUUCGCUGGAGAGUUAAGCUAGUACUACCGACGAUAGCCUCCCUCCCCCUGUUGAUGGUGUACCUGGUCAAUGGUGGGUCCACUACCAUCAUACUGCCCAAGCCUGUCCGGUUCCUCGUGGGGAACAAGAUGGACCUCAAUGGAAUAUACUAUGUGUACAUGGGCAUGCUGGCUGUGUUCUGUACUAAUGCCAUCAACAUUCUGGCUGGGAUCAACGGUCUUGAAGUGGGCCAGUCUGUCAUCAUUGGAUUAUCCAUCAUGUUGUUCAAUCUGGUUGAGCUGCCUGGCCAUUGGGGGGCAGGCCACAGCUUCUCCCUCUACCUGCUCUUGCCCUUCAUUGGUGUCUCUCUGGCAUUGCUGCGUCACAACUGGUAUCCAUCGCGUGUGUUUGUGGGGGAUACCUACUGUUACUUUGCUGGCAUGACAUUUGCAGUGGUUGGUAUUCUGGGUCACUUCAGCAAGACCAUGCUGCUAUUCUUCAUUCCCCAAGUCCUCAACUUCCUCUACUCCACUCCUCAGUUGUUUGGCCUUGUCCCUUGUCCAAGACACAGGCUACCAAAGUUUCAUCCUCCCUCCAACAAGUUGGGCAUGAGCUAUGCUGAGUUCCACUCCUCUGAGCUUAGCAUUUUAGGAGCGGCCAUACUUAAGCUACUGAGCAUGCUUAAACUGGUUUCUAUGGAGACAAUCAAGUCCGGAGAAGGAAAGGGCAAAAUCCGCGUGAACAAUCUAACAUUGAUCAACUUUGUGCUCAUGUGUAUUGGACCAGUACACGAGGCCACCCUGACAACCAUCAUGCUAGGGAUACAGGUGUUGGGCAGUGUCAUUGCAUUCUUCAUUCGCUAUGGACUAGUCAAGUUCUUCUAUGAUUAACUGAACACUCCACAAACAUUCCCACUAGCUUUUUAUAUUGUCGUCUUUACCAUAAUACUUUGAUGUUAGGGUAAAGAUCGUCUUUAAUUUGUUACCUCUUGACUAUCUACCCGUACUUAUUCCAUUUAAGUAA